AUGGCUCUAAUCCCAAGACCCUUCGCCGCCACCCGAUCCCGCCUCAGAGACUUCCUCCUCCUCCUCUCCGCCCUUCUCUCCGCCGCCAUCCUCCUCUCCCUCCACCACCUCAACCACUCCUCCGCCGCCGCCUUCUCCGCCGCCGACCCCUCCUCCUCCUUCUCCUCCCCCACCCCGCCGCUCUCCCCCGAUCGCCUCCUCUUCGCCGUCGCUUCGUCCGCCGCCUCCCUCCCCGCCCGCGCCCCCUACAUCCGCCUCUGGCGCCGCCCCAUCGCCCACCUCAACACCACCUUCCUCUUCCUCGACCGCGCCGCCGCCCCCGAUCCGCCCUCCUCCCUCCCCCCGAUCGUCGUCCCUCCCGGAGCCGCGUCCGUCGCCGCCGGCCACCGCAUCGCGCGCGUCAUCCGGGACGCCGUCGCCCUCGAUGUGCCCGGAAUCCACUGGUACGUCUUCGGAGACGACGACACCCUGUUUUUCCCUGAGAAUCUUGUGAGGAUCUUGUCCAAAUACGACCACAAUAGGUGGCACUACAUUGGGUGUGGCUCUGAGAGCUACGAGCAGAAUGAAAAAUUCUAUUUUGAUAUGGCGUUUGGGGGCGGAGGGUACGCCAUUAGCGCGCCCCUGGCUCGGGUUUUAGCUCGGGUGCUCGAUUCUUGCCUCACUAGGUACCCUCAUUUGUACGGAAGCGAUGCUCGGGUGUUUGCUUGCAUGGCCGAGCUCGGUGUCCGGCUAACAGUCGAGCCCGGCUUCCAUCAGGUUGAUAUUCGUGGAAAUUUAUUUGGAUUUCUGUCUGCUCAUCCGUUAUCACUAGUGGCCUCACUGCAUCACAUAGAUGCAGUCGAACCCAUCUUUCCCGGUAUGACCAGAAUUCAAGCUUUGGAACAUCUUCUCAGUGCAGUUCAUGUCGACCCACCUAGGAUUUUACAACAAACUGUUUGCUAUGACAACCGCAAUUCAUUAACGGUUUCAAUCUCUUGGGGUUAUGCCGUUCAAGUUUAUGAAGGAAAUCAGCUUCUUCCUGAUGUUCUUCUGCCUCAGAGGUCUUUCAGGCCAUGGAAACGAGGGAAAAACGCCCCUUCAAUAACCCGUUAUAUGUUUAAAACAAGAGAGUAUCCAAGUGAUCCAUGCGAAAGGCCUGUUGUUUUCUUUCUGCAUACAGUUGUUGCUAAUACAACUAGUGUCUGGACCAAAUAUGUUAGACAUGAUAAAGCUGGAAAUUGUCCUAGAACAAAAGCUGUUGAGAAAUUGAAAAGGGUCAGUGUUUUCUCACGCAGUCUGGAGUUCGAUGUUGAACAGAUGAAGGAACUUCGCCGGCCUUGCUGUGAUAUUAUGUCCACUUCUGAUGAAACGAUGACUGUCCAAAUUAGGAAAUAUAGCUUUUCCAUGAUAUAUGAUAUCAUUGUAAGUUUCACAAGCAAGUCCACUAUUAUCGGAUUGCUGAUCGAGGCUGUUGAGCUGCCGCAAACAAUUCUUCAAUUAUGGAUUAGCUGUCUUUAUUUCUGGAUAUGUAAGAAAACGCUGUAUCCAUUUCCAGGGGAAGAUCGUUGCCUCUGA